AUGAACCCGCCCCAGCAACUCCGGCUGAAGACUCCGGCUCCCUUCCCGAGCCUGCUGCUCCGCCCCAUAUCUGUUGCUGUUCCCGUUACAGCCUCCAAUGCUGCUGCUGCUCCCGUUGCGUCGUCUGAUUUUAUUACUCCUGCUCCUGUUGCUACUGCUGCUGCUGUUGCUGCUGCUGCUGACUUAGUUGUUGCUGCUGGUGCUGGUGACUCUGCUGCAGCUGGUGCUGCUGCUGCUGCUGCUGCUGAUGCUGCUGCUGCCGCUGCUGCUGCUGGUGGUGCUGCUGCUGCUGCUGCUGCCGCUGCUGCUGCUGGUGGUGGUGGUGGUGGUGGUGCUGCUGCUGCUGCUGCUGCUGCUGCUGCUGCUGCUGCUGCUGCUGCUGCUGCUGCUGCUGCUGCUGCUGCUGCUGCUGCUGCUGCUGCUGCUGCUGGUGGUGGUGGUGGUGCUGCUGCUGCUGCUGCUGCCGCUGCUGCUGCUGCUGCUGGUGGUGGUGGUGCUGCUGCUGCUGCUGCUGGUGGUGGUGGUGGUGCUGCUGCUGCUGCUGCUGCUGCUGCUGCUUCUCAUUUUUGCCGGAAGGGGUCCAAGAUCUCAUCGGCUUGA